GGCGUCACUUCCGGUUUGCAGGUCAUAUGACCAAAUUGAAGUCGUAUGAUGUGAAUUUUUCCUGUUGUAGCCUUCACUAUUGGCACCGGGACACCGUGUUCAGUGGAGACACUUCACUACGCUUUUGUAGGUGACCCACACACCAUGCAUCUACCAGCCCCUGCUUACAGCCCCACCUGCAGCUGAGCCUCCCUUCACCUUGAGCUCCAGUAUCCUCCCUGAGACACCAUGGAUCCGGUGCAGCAUACCAGCCCUCCACCCCAGCCCAGGGCAGAAUAUUUUUCCUGGGACUACCGCCUCCAGCUUAUUGGCUUGGGCUUUGGAUUUUAUGCAGCAGUAUUCCUCAUCUCCCACCUCCUGUCUGUGACUGUGUCCCGCACCUACAAUUCCCUGCUAGCUAAGGAGAAGGUUUUCUGGAACCUUGCAGCAACUCGGGCAGUAUUUGGCAUCCAGAGCUCCGUAGCCGGUCUCCGGGCCCUGACUGAGGAGUCUGAGUUAAGCAGAGACAGAGUGCAGGGACAGGAAGACUGGUCAUGGUUCACUGUCCUCACAGCUACAGGUUUCUUUGUGUUUGAGAAUGUAGCACUUCACUCCUCCAGUGUGGUAUUUCGGUCGUUUGACCUCCCGCUGGCAACGCACCAUUUCUUCGCUCUGUCGGGAUAUGCAGGGGCGGUGGUGUGGGAUUCCCUGGGCCACUUCCUGCCGAUGGUCACGCUGCUAUUGGAGAUGAGCACACCAUUCACCUGUAUAUCCUGGAUCUUACUGAAGGCUGGCUGGUCACGCACCCUGUUUUGGAGAGCCAACCAGUGGGUGAUGAUCCACACGUUCCACUGUCGCAUGGUGCUCACCUACUACAUGUGGUGGGUAACCUUGACCAACUGGAGAGAGCUUACCACCCACGUGGCCCUGCCCCAGCUUCUGCUUUUCUUCACUGGCCUCGCUCUGCUCACGUUCAUCAUCAACCCCAUCUGGACGCACAAGAAGACCAUGCAGCUGCUUAACCCCGUGGACUGGAACUUUGGUAACAAGCCGGCACCCCUAAAUGGCGCUAUGCAGCCUCAGUCAGAGGUUUCUGUCAAACCCCACGCCAGCUGAGGUCAUUUCCUGUCUGAAUGGUGCCAUAUUUUCUUCUAUUUUAAUGGAUGAGUGGAGUAACUAUGAGAGUGAUGACAGUAAGAUGUGUGUUUUUAAGGUUUAUUCUAAGACUUUUUUUACACUAUAAGUAGACUUUGCUAUUUGAAAAAGCCCUGAAAGGUUCAUCAUGACUAUCUGGUACUUUCUUGAUAAAGUUUGUUCCGGUGUUUUCCCUCAGGCUUUACUGUCAGGCAGUUUUCAUUUGAAUAAGAAUAUUAAUUUUCCAUCUGGUUAGCCUGGCUUCUAAUAUGUAGAGGCAGUGGAAAGGGGCCCUGCUUCUUUCCAUCACCUUCCAGACACUGUUGUGAAUUAUCCACUUAACCAGUCAUGUGAUUGGUUAUUUAUUCACAAUUGUGAAAAUACAAGAGACAACAUUAAAAGGCACAAACUUAUAAUUAAAAUCUUGUCUAUCAGAAAAAUCAGCUUAUAGAAUUUCAUUAAGUUUAAAGAAACACAACAAAAUGUAAAAUAAUACUGUGCAGUACUUAAGAUACAGUAUUUAAAGAUUUACAUACUAAAAUGAUUGAGAUGGUAUUUUACUAUAUAUAUAUAUCUUUGUCUACCCACAGCUGCUUUUUGUCUGUUACUGUCAUGUGCUUGGGGACGUAAUAUGAAGGAGACAGGAUGGGUUAUGCUCUUUCUCAAAACUCUUGGAUAUACAUAUCUAGUUAUUCAGCACUGACUGGGUGGUGCGGACAGGAAAACUGGUUUAGUUUAAAGAAUUAGGUCCCACAGGAUAGCCAUUGGAACUAUUAGAUACUAAGUGGACAAUUGGAUCAGUGCAUUCAUGAGUCACAUAGGUUUGUUUGGACUGUGAAUCCUCUUUCAGUAGAGUAGUGGAAAUAUUUACCGUGGUGAAAGAAAAGGCCUUUAACAGGAUCUUCUUUGUUGGUGGACGAAAGCUCAGGACCGGUCCACCCCACAAAGGGUCUUUUGUCCAAAAUGGAGAUGUAAUAGCAAAGCUGAAGCAGUGUUGAUAAGAUAAUAAUGAGCAGCAAUUUAAUCAUGGGUUUUUACUGCUUUUAUGACUAAAAUUAAAUAUUUUUCACUAAUGCCUCAUCAAAAUUUCAAUAAGAUUUUUGUUUUGUGUUUUUCACACAAUGUCCUUAUUGUACUGAAAGUAUUGGCUUUGUGUGUUUGGUUUGUCCAUUGUCAUAUAUCUGGCACAAGUCUUUGUAUUUUUCUCACUCUGCUACAAACUUUCAGAUCCUUAAUUUCUCACAUUUCUCAGUGUGGAGGCAGUGACAGCAUUGUUACGGUAGCUCAUAUGUAAUUAUGUUUACAUGAAAUUGACUCUUACCAUGAGUAUUAAUCUUUGUUAAGAUUUGACCUUGAGUUCGGCUUGAGGGCUGACUCAAAAUAUAAAUAUAAAUCAGUCCAUUGCAGUGGUUACUGAACAGUUGAAGACAUGUGGAACAACUUUUGCUGGGCAUUUUAUUGCCUGGUGUUUCUCACAAUAAGCCAGUUUACUCCGUUAUCUGUAUGGAUUUGCUGAGUCAGAUCCAGAGCCCCCUCAAAUCUGAAACGUGGGCCGAUAUGAGAAGAAAUGUGCUGGGUUUUACUGAUCAACGUUACCCAGUUGGCUGUAGUCUUCCUCAUGAAACAGGCGUCAGGAUGACUGAGACGAAACUACACUGUUUUUGUGUAGAUCGUACAAUCUCAGUGACUGAAUUGAUGCAAAAAAGUUUAAAAACAAAUGUAUUUACGCAUAACAUUUGAAAUUUUUUAAACAAAAAAUAAUUAUUUCUCCUUUAACAGUAUUCCUGAUGUUACUUUAGCAUUACAAAAAAAAGUACUAAUAUCAGUUGGAGUUGGAUUUUCAUUAAGCAUUUAACAUCAUCGAACAUUGAUGAUUCCCUGUAAGUUCUACGCCAGAUGCCAGAAUAGUCAACAUCCUGUUUGUGUUGGGAAAUUUGAGUUACAAAAUAAAAUAUUUUCUCUCAUGCA